AUUAGUAGUACCGCCAUUUCUGAGCUCAGUUUCCGAGUAGGGUUUUUGGAGGGUCCCGAUUUUGUUGGAUUUUCUGGGGUUUUGGAAUUCUGGAGGCUUUUCUAGGAUUUGAGUUGGAAUUAUGGCUCGUUUGGUUCUUCCGUACAAGAGUUCGGGUUUUUUGAGGACGAGUUUUUUGGGCUUAAUCUCAUCCGCGCCUCUUCAGCCAACGUGCUGUGUUGGUUUCGAGAAUUCGGCAAAAACUAUCGGUAAAUACCGGCGUUUUCUUUCUUCGGAGCUCACGUGCCGAAGGCAUUUUCGUUUUUCAUACCCUUCACUGUCUAGGGCUAAGCACGUGAGCAGGAGGCUAAUCUGUUCGGUUUCCACAGAAACCUCGCCCAAGCAAGUUGACGAGUCAAAAAUGGAUGUACCAAAAGAGAUAUUCUUGAAGGACUACAAGAAGCCUGAUUAUUACUUUGACACGGUGGAUUUGAGAUUUUCUUUGGGUGAGGAGAGAACGAUCGUUAGUUCAAAGAUAUCUGUUUCCCCGAGAGUUGAAGGUUCUUCUUCUCCAUUGGUGUUGAAUGGCCAAGAUAUGAAGUUACUUUCACUCCGGGUCAAUGGCCAAGAACUCAAGGAGGGUGAUUACCGUUUGGAUUCUCGCCAUCUGACACUUCCUUCGCCUCCCACUGGUGUAUUUACCUUGGAAAUCCUUACGGAGAUAUAUCCUCAGAAGAAUACAUCACUAGAGGGGCUUUACAAGUCAUCAGGGAAUUUUUGCACACAGUGUGAAGCUGAGGGCUUCCGUAAAAUUACUUAUUAUCAGGACCGCCCUGACAUAAUGGCAAAAUACACAUGCUACAUAGAAGCUGACAAAUCACUGUACCCUGUCUUGUUGUCUAAUGGAAAUCUUGUGGAGCAGGGAGACUUGGAGGGUGGAAAACAUUUUGCCCUUUGGGAAGAUCCCUUUAAGAAACCUUGUUACUUGUUUGCCUUGGUUGCUGGGCAGUUGGAGAGCAGAGAUGACACAUUUGUUACUCGCUCAGGUAGGAAGGUGUUGCUGAGGAUCUGGACCCCAGCGCCGGACGUUCCAAAGACUGCACAUGCAAUGUAUUCGCUUAAGGCCGCAAUGAAAUGGGAUGAGGAUGUUUUCGGUCUUGAAUAUGACCUCGAUCUUUUCAAUGUUGUAGCUGUACCUGAUUUUAACAUGGGAGCUAUGGAGAACAAGAGUUUGAAUAUCUUCAAUUCCAAACUCGUGUUGGCAUCUCCUGAAACUGCUUCAGAUGCAGAUUAUGCUGCAAUUUUGGGAGUUAUAGGGCAUGAGUAUUUCCACAACUGGACUGGCAACAGAGUAACAUGUCGUGAUUGGUUCCAGCUCAGCCUAAAGGAAGGUCUGACCGUCUUCCGUGAUCAGGAAUUUUCAUCUGACAUGGGCAGCCGAACUGUGAAGCGGAUUGCUGAUGUUAUGAGGCUUAGAAACUAUCAAUUUCCACAGGAUUCUGGUCCCAUGGCUCAUCCUGUACGGCCACAUUCAUACAUUAAGAUGGAUAACUUCUACACAGUGACGGUGUAUGAAAAGGGAGCUGAAGUUGUCAGGAUGUACAAAACUUUACUGGGGAGCCAAGGGUUCCGAAAAGGCAUGGAUGUUUAUUUCCAGAGACAUGAUGGGCAAGCUGUAACCUGUGAAGAUUUUUACGCUGCCAUGCGUGAUGCCAAUGAUGCAGAUUUUGCUAAUUUCCUACUUUGGUACUCGCAAGCUGGCACCCCUCUUGUUAAAGUUACAUCAUUUUACAACCCCGAAGCUCGUACUUUCUCUUUGAAGUUCAGUCAAGAGGUACCUCCAACUCCUGGGCAGCCAGUUAAGGAACCCACGUUCAUUCCUGUGGCAUUGGGUUUGCUGGAUUCAACAGGCAAGGACAUGCCUCUAUCCUCUGUGUAUCAUGAUGGGAAAUUUCAAACUAUCUCAAGCAACAAUGAACCGGUUUACAGUACGGUUCUUCGAGUAACCAAGAAAGAAGAAGAGUUUGUGUUCUCUGAUAUAGCUGAGCGUCCAAUUCCAUCUCUAUUACGGGGAUAUAGCGCUCCUAUUCGUCUAGAUUCUGAUCUCACUGAUAGUGAUCUGUUUUUCCUCCUUGCUCAUGAUUCAGAUGAAUUUAAUCGUUGGGAGGCCGGACAAGUGCUGGCACGGAAGCUGAUGCUCAGCUUGGUUGCUGAUAUUCAACAGAACAAACCGUUGGUGCUUAACCCCCAAUUUCUGCAUGGGCUAAAAAGCAUACUGACUGACCCAAGCUUGGAUAAAGAAUUCAUUGCAAAGGCAAUAACUAUGCCUGGUGAAGGGGAAAUAAUGGACAUGAUGGAAGUUGCAGAUCCCGAUGCUGUUUAUGCUGUUCGUUCUUUUAUCAGGAAGCAGCUUGCUCAUGAACUAAAAGAAGAGCUUCUUAGCACAGUUGCAAACAAUAGGAGCUCGGAAGAGUAUAAGUUCAACCAUCCUAAUAUGGCGAGGCGUGCCCUGAAGAAUAUUGCUCUUGCAUAUCUGGCAUCCCUUGAAGAUCCAGAGUCUACUGAGCUUGCCCUGCAUGAAUAUAAGUCAGCCACAAAUAUGACUGAACAAUUUGCAGCUUUGGCAGCCAUAGCACAAAACCCCGGUAAAGCUCGUGAUGAUGUUCUGGCUGACUUCUAUAACAAGUGGCAGCAUGACUAUUUGGUUGUAAAUAAAUGGUUUGCACUCCAAGCCAUGUCUGACAUUCCUGGCAAUGUUGAGAAUGUUCGGACCCUCUUAAACCACCCAGCAUUUGACCUCCGUAAUCCGAACAAGGUAUACUCGCUCAUUGGAGGUUUCUGUGGGUCUCCUGUGAAUUUCCAUGCAAAGAACGGCUCAGGCUACAGAUUGUUGGGAGAAAUCGUUUUGCAACUAGACAAACUUAACCCUCAGGUGGCAUCCCGCAUGGUGUCAGCCUUCUCAAGGUGGAGGCGUUAUGAUGAAACCCGGCAAAAUCACGCCAAGGCACAGCUGGAGAAGAUCAUGUCCACCAAUGGAUUAUCAGAAAACGUGUUUGAGAUUGCCUCGAAAAGCUUAGCUGCUUAAGUCAAAAAUAUAUUUUGGGAUGGGAACUUCAUACAGUGUAUCAGCCACAAGUUUCGGCUCAGAGAAAUAGCCAUUUUCUGGCUCCUUAUGCAGCAUCAUCUCCUUGGUGUAAUAUGCUCUGCUAUCUACAUGCCUGCCAAUCCAUAGAAUUGCAUGUUUGCCAUAAAUUGGUGUACUUUUUUCUGGUUUCUUAGAAACAUGUUAAAGCGCUUUGCUGGCGUACUUUCCUUUUAAUAAAUUAUUAAAAAGCUUUCCAUUUC